GGGAAUCCGAAUGACUGAUCAGGACCUUUAAACUCCUCCCAGUUGUUUCUUUUUUUUUACGGAAACGGGCGGGGUGGUGCACAGGUACGGUGAAAUCUCGAAGCUAGCUCUCGUCUGGCGGAGUUAUUACUUUUUCAGUAAACAAUUAUGGCGGCCGCGGAUCCCUGGUCCUCGAGUGACGGCGGGCCUGCAAGCAGAGGAGGGUUCCCGGAUGGUGAGAACAGCAACGAGCGCGAUGGCCCGGGAGGAAGCGGCGGAGAGACAGAACGCAAGCCAGAUCGGGCCACAUUCGAAUGCAACAUUUGUUUGGACACAGCAAGGGACGCUGUCAUCAGUUUGUGCGGGCACUUGUUCUGCUGGCCCUGCCUUCAUCAAUGGUUGGAGACGCGACCCAGCCAACAGCAGUGUCCUGUGUGUAAAGCAGGCAUCAGCAGAGAGAAAGUCAUCCCCCUCUACGGCAGAGGGAGCUCCAGCCAAGAGGACCCCAGGUUGAAAACCCCGCCUCGUCCUCCGGGACAGAGAACAGAGCCAGAGAGCAGAGGGCCCUUCCAGGGGUUCGGGGACAAUGGCUUCCACAUGUCCUUUGGGAUCGGUGCUUUCCCCUUCGGCUUCUUCACCACAGUCUUCAACACCAAUGACCCCUACCACAGAGCAGAUGCAUAUGCAGCCGAUCACCAAGGCAACGGCAACAACUGGCAGGACUCUCUCUUCCUGUUCGUGGCCAUAUUCUUCUUCUUCUGGCUGCUGAGCGUGUAAGGGAGAGGGAGGGAAAGGAAAGGUGCCCACACUCAUACACAUGUCAAAACACCAGAAAUGACCCACUUACUCAAUAGUGUCUGUGGGUUUAUGCUCUUCCUUUGUACUUGAUUGAUGGAUUAAGGUCACUAAUUAGGAAAUAACUCCCCACACCUACUGUCUAGGUCUUUAUUUAAAGGAAAAAACAAAAACCCGAAGACACCAGGCCCUCCAUGAAAUAUUUGACACCUCUGCUUUAGACUAUAGAUGGGUGGUGGGAUGACUGGCAGUUCUCUUAGCAAGAUAUAUCUAGUUCAGGAAACACAAACCAGUCAAAGAUUUGUGUAUCCAAAUGAUUUACGAGACUCACUUGGGAGAGUACACAGACACCACUCUGGUGGUGGAUGAUACCCAAGCGUGAGGGUGAGUAAAAUGAAGCUCGUUUGAGUUGUAAGGGAGGGUGAGAAUGGGAUUUACCUGAUAACAUCGAUGUUUUUCUUUAAUCACUAUAGCCACUUUUUUUCCAAGCCAAAGAGUAACGUAUCACCGUCAAGUACAAUUUGGGGAAAAUGUAUUUGGAUAUUCCUGUUUACAAUUUAACCGAUUGAAUAAUUUGUCCGUAGAUUUACGAACCAAAUUUAUGAAUAUUCUUUAGACUAGUGUACAGAUGGAUACACUAACAACUUUAUAUAUAAUCUUAACAAACUGCCAUUGCACUGUGAAGUCAUAUAGAGAAGACAGACCUAAUAAUGUGGAUUAGAGCUACAGUGUAUUCAGACCCCUUCACCUUUUCCACAAUUUGUUAGCCUUGUUCUAAAAUAGAUUCAAUUAUUUUUCUCAAUCUACAGUCGUGGCCAAAAGUUUUGAGAAUGACACAAUUAUUAAUUUUCAAAGUUUACUGCUUCAGUGUCUUUAGAUAUUUUUGUCAGAUGUUACUAUGGAAUACUGAAGUAUAAUUACAAGCAUUUCACAAGUGUCAAAGGCUUUUAUUGACAAUUAUAUGAAGUUGAUGCAAAGAGUCAAUAUUUGCAGUGUUGACCCUUCUUUUCCAAACCUCUGAAAUCCGCCCUGGCAUGCUGUCAAUUAACUUCUGGGCCACAUCCUGACUGAUGGCAGCCCAUUCUUGCAUAAUCAAUGCAUGGAAUUUGUCAGAAUUUGUGGGGUUUUGUUUGUCCACCCGCCUCUUGAUGAUUGACCACAAGUUCUCAAUGGGAUUAAGGUCUGGGGAGUUUCCUGGCCAUCGACCCAAAAUAUCAUGUUUUGUUACCCAAGCCACUUAGUUAUCACUUUUGCAUUAUGACAAGGUGCUCCAUCAUGCUGGAAAAGGCAUUGUUUGUCACUAAACUGUUCCUGGAUGGUAGGGAGAAGUUGCUCUCGGAGGAUGGGAUGGUACCAUUCUUUAUUCAUGGCUGUGUUCUUAGGCAAAAUUGUGAGUGAGCCCACUCCCUUGGCUGAGAAGCAACCCCACACAUGGAUGGUCUCAGGAUGUUUUACUUUUGGCAUGACACAGGACAGAUGGUAGCGCUCACCUUGUUUUCUCCGGACAAGCUUUUUUCAGGAUGCCCCCCAAAAAAAAUCGGAAAGGGGAUUCAUCAGAGAAAAUUACUUUACCCCAGUCCUCAGCAGUCCAAUCCCUGUACCUUUUGCAGAAUAUCAGUCUGUCCCUGAUGUUUUCCCUGGAGAGAAGUGGCUUCUUUACUGCCCUUCUUGACACCAGGCCAUCCUCCAAAAGUCUUCGCCUCACUGUGCGUGCAGAUGUACUCACACCUGCCUGCUGCCAGUCCUUAGCAAGCUCUGCACUGGUGGUGCCCCGAUCCCGCAGCUGAAUCAACUUUAGGAGACGGUCCUGGCGCUUGCUGGACUUUCUUGGGCGCCCUGAAGCCUUCUUCACAACAAUUGAACCGCUCUCCUUGAAGUUCUUCAUGAUCCGAUAAAUGGUUGAUUUAGGUGCAAUCUUACUGGCAGCAAUAUCCUUGCCUGUGAAGCACUUUUUGUGCAAAGCAAUGAGGACGGCACGUGUUUCCUUGCAGGUAACUAUGAUUGACAGAGGAAGAACAAUGAUUCCAAGCACCACCUUCCUUUUGAAGCUUCCAGUCUGUUAUUCAAACUCAAUCAGCAUGACAAAGUGAUCUCCAGCCUUGUCCUCGUCAACACUCACACCUGUGUUAACGAGAGAAUCACUGACAUGAUGUCAGCUGGUCCUUUUGUGGCAGGGCUGAAAUGCAGUGGAAAAGUGUUUGGGGGAUGCUGUUCAUUUGCAUGGCAAAGAGGGACUUUGCAAUUCAUCUGAUCACUCUUCAUAACAUUCUGGAGGAUAUGCAAAUUGCCAUCAUGCAGACUGUGAAAAUUAAUGUAAUUCUCAAAAGUUUUGGCCACGACUGUACACACAUUACCCCAUAAUGACAAAGCAAAAACAUUUUAGAAAUGUUUGCAAAUUUAUUAAAGAAAAAAAGUAUUAUUUAAGUAUUCAGACCCUUUACUCAGUAGUUUGUUGAAGCACCAUGGAAUAUUUGACACCUCUUGUAUUUUGUCCAUCAUAUUAAAGGGAUACUUUGAGUGUUCUUGGGUAUGACGCUACAAACUUGGCACACCUGUAUUUGGGGAUUCUUCUCUGCAGAUCCUCUCAAGAUCCAGGUUGGAUGGGGCGCAUCGCUGCACAGCUAUUUUCUGGUCUCCAGAAUUGCUCAAUCAGGCUCAAGUCAGGGCCACUCAAGGACAUUCAGAGACUUGUCCCAAAGCCAGUCCUGCAUUGUCUUGGCUUUGUGCUUAGGGUUGUUGUCCUGUUGUAAGGUGAUCCUUUGCCCCACUCUGAGGUCAUUUGCUCUGUUCAUCUUUCCCUCGAUCCUGACUAGUAUCUCAGUCCCUGAUGCUGAAAAAUAUUACCACAGCAUGAUGCUGCUGCCACCACCAUGCUUCACCGUAGGGAUGGUGCAAGGUUUCCUCCAGACAUGUCGCUUGGCAUUCAGGCCAAAGAGUUCAAUCUUGGUUUCAUCAGACCAGAGAAUCUUGUUUCUCAUGGUCAGUCUGAGGUGCCUUUUUGGCAAACUCCAAACGGGCUGUCCUGUGCCUUUUUCUGAGGAGUGGCUUCCGUCUGGCCACUCUACCAUAAAGGCCUGAUUGGUUGAGUGCUGCAGGGAUGGGAGACCCUUCCAGAAGGACAACCAUCUGCACAGAGGAACUCGGGAGCUCUGUCGGUGACCAUCGGGUUCUUGGUCUCCUCCCUGACCAAGGCCCUUCUCGCCCGAUUGCUUAGUUUGGAUGGGCGACAAGCUCUAGGAAGAGUCUUGGUGGUUCCAAACUUCUUCCAUUUAAGAAUGAUGAAGGCCACUGUGUUCUUGAGGACCUUCAAUGCUGCAGACAUGUUUUGGUACCCUUCACCAGAUCUGUGCCUCGACACAAUCCUGUUUCGGCGCUCCACGGACAGUUCCUUCAACCUCCUGACUUUGUUUUUGCUCUGACAUGUACUGUCAACUGUGGGACCUUUUUAUAUAGACAGAUGUGUGCCUUUCCAAAUCAUGUCCAAUCAAUUGAAUUUACCACAGGUGGACUCUAAUCAAGUUGUAGAAACAAAGGAUGAUCAAUGAUUUGAGUCUCAUAGCAAAGGGUUUGAAUACGUUUUUUGGUUUCAUUGAAUAGUUGCCAAAAUUUCUAAACCUGUUUUUGCUUUGUCAUGGGUUAUUGUGUGUAGAUGAGGAAAAUGUCAUUUUUAUCCAUUUUAGAAUAAGGCUGUAACAAAAUGUGGAAAAUGGGAAGGGGUCUGAAUAUUUUCCAAAUGCACUGUAUAGUGGAUAUAAUCAUACGAUUUAAGAGUUCUUUAUCAUAUAGGUUAACAGACUAAAACUAUUGUAAAGAGUCAUGAGGAUAGUGUACGGGAAGGCUGGAGUGGGCAGUAUUGUGUACAGUUGUGCUUUGUGGAGAAUUGGCCACAUAUGAGCAAAUAGUUUGUAACAUUUAUAUCUACAAAGCAAAAUGAGCUGAACACACAGGAUCAUUCAAUCUGGAUUAAAUGUUCUGAAAAACUGGCCCUGGGGGUUGUGUUGCUGGGCACAGUGCUGCACAGGAAAAGAUGACAGCAGGGUCACGUUCAUUAAAAAAACAUUUUGCAACGUGUUUUUUGGACAAAUUCAGACUGUUUCCGCUUUGUGCCUACUGAACACGGCCCAGGUGCAGAAGUCAAUACAGUGUUUGCCAGAGCCUUUUUGACUCAAGUCAGAAUGAGUAUUUGUCAUUAUCUGCAGCCAAGAAACUAACAUGCGGUGAGAAACAUGAACUGUUCCCAACGUGACAUGGACUAUUAUCAUAUUUCUAUUGCAAUGAGUGUUUCUCUUGAUUGUGUUUGUAUCGGUCUGUGUAUACAUUUGUAUAUAUGAAUAUUGUAAAUGCUGUUUUUUCCUUUUUCUGAACGACCAGCCAUGGGAUUGAGACAUGUGAGAGACCUCUGGUUUAACCAGGCAACCUGACAUGUGGCGGAGUCCCCCUCUUCCACUAGUGAAAGACAAGUUACUCUUUUGUACAACGCUCACUGAAUGGUACAAUCUAUUGCAUAUGAUGCACAUAUGAGCCAACCAGAGGCGAGUGAGCAGUGUAUGAAAAGGAAACUAACUUCCAUUUCACCCUACCCAUUUAAUUAUGAUAAACUCCUGUGAAGUAUAUGAAAUGGGCUCAAGAUCAAGUGUCCAAGAACUCUGUAGCACCUUACUAAACAACACCAGCCAUACAAGGGGUUGAGGAAAGGAAGGGGUACAGGUUGUCAUUUCUUGCAUAUCACUGUCUGAUCAAGCUAAGCAUUUGUAUUAUGAGUUUAUUUUUGACCCAAAAAAAAAUGAAAUUACAUUUGUGUUGAGUCUUGUGCAAGACAACAGUGAGACAUUGUGCAAAACCAAAUGGUCACAGCAGGAAAACAAUUUCCAAAGCUCUGUCUGAAUAAAUAGUUGUUUAAUACA